AUGGCUCCCGGCAGCGUCGCUCCCAGUGACACCUCUUCCUCGGCCUCCUCGGCCUCCGCAGAGGGGCCGGCCAUGCUGUCAGGGCCUGAGAAGCCAGGCGUGGCCCCGGGCGCCGUCCGGGCGCCGCGCCGCCACCCUCCGGUGCUUCACAUGGUGCUGGAGGCGCUGCAGGCCGGGGAGCGGCGCAGGGGGACUUCAGUGGCGGCCAUCAAGGUCUACAUCCUGCAGAAGUACCCGACGGUGGACGCCCUCCGGCUCAGCCACCUGCUGAAGCAGGCCCUGGCUACGGGCCUGCACCGCGGCCUGCUCAUCCGGCCCGUCAACUCCAAGGCCAAGGGGGCCACCGGCAGCUUCAAAUUAGUCCCCAAAGACAAAAGGAAAAUCCCACCCAGGAAGACAGCCCCCAGGAUGUCCGGUCAAACUGAGGGGAAGGACCCCAAGAAGCCGAGUGAGUCAAAGAAGGACCCUGCCAACCCAGGCGAGGUGAAAAGAGGAUCCAGGAAGCCCGGAGAGGGGAGGGCAGCUCCCUCCAAACCAGGCGCAGCCAAGAAGGCCCCCAAGAAAGGCACGCAGACCAAGGACCCAGAGGCAAGGCUGGGUGAGGCCAAGAAGCCCUCCCAACGGCCAGAGGAGGCCGCUCAGGCCCCUCCCAGUGCCAAUGGGCCCAGUGGGAAGUCGGAGGUCAAAGAAAGAGGGGGCCGCCAAGCAGAUACCAAGGCCCACAGGAAGACACAGCCUGGAAGUCAGAGUUCGAAAUCCACCAAGGGUGAGAAUGGUGCUUCCCUGGCCAAAAAGAAAAUGGGGGGCAAGGUCCCUAAAGAGACUGCUGGGGAGGGGCCCAAAGCCAAGGCCCCUGUUCCUCCCAAGGGCACUGGGUCCAAGAGAGAGCCUGUACCACUGGCCAGGAAGGCUGAGGCCUCUAAGGGCCCGAAAAAGCCUGGCAUCCCCACCAAGUCUUCAGCGUCCAAAGCGGCCAGCAAGAAGGCAGAAGCCAAGGGCUAG